AUGUACGGCGGGUCAAGCGACGGCGAAGGGCACGAUGUCGCCGGAGGGACUGCCCGGAAGAUCCCACCUGCUUCAUCUAUGCUCUGGGUCCGUAACCUUCGUCGUUUCAUCGGAUCCGGAGCCGGGUUAGGCUCUGAAGCCCUUAUGGAGCUUGAAACAAAAAGAAUUUUGCUGGAUAUUUUUAAGGAGAAGCAACAAAAGAGUGCUGAAGCUGGAACCAUUCCGAGUUUCUACAAGAAGAAACCUGAGGAAGGAUCUAUCAGUCACAGGGUCCAGCGGCUAGCAAAGUACCGGUUCUUAAAGAAACAAUCGGAUCUUCUGCUAAAUGCUGAUGAUCUGGAUGCUAUGUGGGUUUGUCUACGGGAGAAUUGUGUGAUUGAUGAUGCAACAGGAGCUGAAAAGAUGAACUAUGAAGACUUUUGCCACAUUGCCUCUGUGUGUACAGAACAAAUAGGCCCCAAGUGUAGACGUUUUUUCAGUCCUUCGAAUUUCAUGAAGUUUGAAAAAGAUGAAUCUGGGAGAAUAGCUAUUCUGCCAUUUUAUCUUUAUGUGAUGCGCACUGUUUCACUUACUCAGGCUAGGAUCGAUAUGAGUGAGCUCGAUGAGGAUUCUGAUGGCUUCCUUCAACCUCAUGAAAUGGAAGCUUAUAUACGUGGCCUAAUUCCUAAUCUGGCACAGCUCCGGGACAUGCCUACAGCUUUUGUGCAAAUGUACUGCCGGAUAGCUGCACACAAAUUUUUCUUCUUCUGUGACCCUAAUCGGCGAGGAAAGGCAUGCAUAAAAAAGGUGCUGCUGAGUAACUGUCUUCAGGAGCUGAUGGAACUGCACCAGGAAAGCGAGGAAGAAGUCACUGAUACUGAACAAGCUGAAAAUUGGUUUUCCUUGACUUCUGCUCAGCGCAUCUGCGACAUGUUCCUUGCCCUUGACAAGGAUAUGAAUGGAACCUUAAGCAAACAAGAGCUCCGAGAAUAUGCAGAUGGUACCUUAACAGAUAUUUUCAUUGAAAGAGUUUUUGAUGAGCAUGUUCGGCGUGGAAAGCUUGGAGGUGGUAAUUCCCGAGAGAUGGAUUUUGAGAGUUUUCUCGACUUUGUUCUAGCACUAGAAAAUAAAGACACACCAGAAGGACUCACAUAUUUGUUCCGGUGUCUUGAUCUUCAUGGGAAAGGUUUUCUAACAACGGCAGAUAUACACACACUCUUCAGGGAUGUACACCACAAAUGGAUUGAGGGAGGGAACUACGAGUUGUGCAUUGAAGAUGUAAGAGAUGAAAUUUGGGAUAUGGUAAAGCCAGGAGACCCAUUGAAAAUAACAUUGGCUGAUUUGCUAGCAUGCAAACAAGGCGGGACCGUCGCUAGCAUGCUUAUAGAUGUGCGCGGUUUCUGGGCUCACGACAACAGAGAAAAUCUUCUCCAAGAAGAGGAAGAGCCAGAAGAAGAAGGAGAAAGAGAAAGAGGAAGGGGGGCAAAUGCCCCCUGUUGCCAUUCAUCCUCGAGAAUAGAGCUGAACAUGCCGACUACUCCUUUUCCCACCAAUCCCCUUAUUGCUUUACAGCCCAACAUUGAAGACAACAAAUCAAAAACACUUAAGGGGAGAAUGGGACAGUUUCUGAAAGGGUCAGAUGACCCAAAAAACAAUUGGCAAAGAAAGUCAGGAAAAACUAUUCAAUGUACAUAUCUCUUAAGGAAGGCGUGGAUUCUUUUCGGCAUGCCAGCUUCAGUUGCAGCCAUAGUAGGAGGAGUUGGAGGAUUUGUAGCACUAUUGGUGAUAACCAUCUUAUGUUUAUGGUUCUGUGUCUCACAUUACAAAAUGUUCUCCAAUAAGAACUCGGAGACAGAAUCUUCAGCUCCAUCGGCAGUAGUGGAGAUGAAAAGAGGAAGAAGCAGUUCUUCUACAGCUCCACCCCUGAUGAUGGGAGGAGCACAGGAGGCAAUGCAAUUCAGAUUGGAAGAUUUAGAACAAGCUACUAGAAAUUUUGAUGAAAGCAAUCUCAUUGGAUGUGGAAGCUUUGGUCUGGUUUAUAAGGGGAUACUUUGUGAUGGGACUGUUGUGGCUAUCAAGAGGCAUAUUGGUCCUCCUAUGCAGGGAUUCAGUGAAGAGGUGAAGUACUUGGCAAGAAUUCAUCACAGACACAUAGUUACUCUUCUUGGCUACUUCCAGGAUAAUGGCCACCAGAUGCUGAUUUAUGAAUAUUUACCCAAUGGCAGCGUCUCUAAUCAUUUAUACGGAAAAUAUAGCACGGUGAAACUGGAAUUUAAACAAAGGUUGUCGAUUGCUGUUGGGGCGGCGAGAGGACUAUGCCAUUUGCAUGGCCAAAGUCCUUCUCUAGUGCAUGGAAAUUUCAAGACCGCCAAUGUCCUGGUUGACGAGAACUUCAUAUCCAAAGUUGCAGAUGCAGGAGUCUCAAAACUAGUUGGAGGAACCGAAGCUGCUGGACCAUCUUCCCCAAAUAUAAAUGCUUUCAAAGAUCCAGAGAUAGUCCAAACCGGCAGAAUCUUUGAGACAACUGAUGUGUAUAGCUUUGGGAUAUUUCUGCUGGAACUAAUAACUGGAAAGGAGGCUUCUGAAAUGGGAUCAAGUGAAAUCAGGCUUCAAUGGAUUGAAAGGCAUCUGAUCUCAAACGACAUUGUUGAUCGUCGGCUUGAAGGGAAUUUCACAGCGGAAGCAAUGAGGGAUUUUAUCAGGCUGGCUAUAAGAUGUAUGACCAUUCCAGGAAGACUCAGGCCAAAUAUGGAAAUGGUGAGCUCAGAGCUUGAAGAAAUCCUGGAUAAAGAGAUCAUGCUAACAACAGUGGUUGGAGAAGGCACAGAUAUUACUCUAGGAAGCCACCUUUUCACAAAGUGA